UCCAUUUGGGUGCUGACAGGGGAGGCAGACAUGCAGAGGUGCCAAGCAUGUUUUGGCUCCCGUCUCCUGCCUGGAGGGUGCUGUGACUUUAGCAUAUUGUGAGCAAGGAUCUGUGCUCGAUUUGAUGGGGAAGUGGUCCAGGAGAGAGCUCCCUGUGAUUCCAGGAAGCCAGAAGAAGAGAGCGAGAGACUGCUGACUGAUCUCAUUGAUCUUUUGAAGAAGCCAACAGAUUUAUAAGAUAUUAGAAAUGAUGUGUGAAGUAAUGCCAACGAUAAACGAGGACACCCCUAUGAGUCAAAGGGGGUCCCAGAGCAGUGGGUCGGACUCGGAUUCGCAUUUUGAGCAGCUGAUGGUGAAUAUGCUGGAUGAGAGAGAUCGCCUGCUGGACACCCUGAGGGAAACACAGGAGAGCCUUGGACUUGCCCAGCAGCGACUUCAGGAUGUCAUCUAUGACAGGGACUCUCUCCAGCGACAGCUAAAUUCUGCCCUGCCCCAGGAAUUCGCUGCACUAACCAAGGAACUGAGUGCGUGUAGGGAACAGCUUCUAGAAAAGGAAGAAGAGAUCUCAGAACUAAAAGCAGAAAGGAACAAUACCCGUCUUUUGUUGGAGCAUUUGGAGUGCCUUGUUUCAAGACACGAAAGGUCACUUAGAAUGACGGUGGUAAAGCGCCAAGCCCAGUCACCCUCAGGAGUCUCCAGUGAAGUAGAAGUUCUAAAGGCUCUUAAGUCUCUUUUUGAGCAUCACAAAGCUCUAGAUGAAAAGGUAAGGGAACGGCUGAGAGUAUCUUUAGAAAGAGUCACUGCAUUGGAAGAAGAACUGACUGUUGCCAACCAGGAGAUUGUAGCGCUAAGAGAACAAAAUGCCCACAUUCAAAGAAAGAUUGUAACUGGAGAUGGAUCAGAACAAGAACCUCUUGAAGUAAUGGAACAAGGACAGAAGGUCCAUGAUAAGAGAUUAUCCAAUGGCUCCAUAGAUUCCAACGAUGAUGCUAGUCAGAUGGUGGAACUUCAGGAAUUACUCGAGAAGCAAAAUUAUGAAAUGACACAAAUGAAAGAGAGAUUAACCGCGUUAUCAACUCGGGUGGGAGAAGUGGAACAAGAGGCUGAGACAGCAAGAAAAGAGCUUUUGAAAACUGAAGAAAUGAAUACUAAAUAUCAAAGAGACAUUAGAGAGAUGUAUCUCUUUCAGGCGAUGGCUCAGAAGGAGGACAUGGAAGAAAGAAUUACUACCUUGGAGAAACGUUAUCUCAGUGCACAGAGAGAAGCAACUUCCAUUCAUGAUAUGAAUGAUAAGCUGGAAAACGAGCUGGCCAAUAAAGAAGCUAUCUUAAGACAGAUGGAAGAAAAAAACAGGCAGUUACAGGAACGCCUGGAAAUGGCAGAGCAGAAGCUGCAACAGACGAUGAGAAAAGCAGAAACCUUGCCAGAAGUUGAGGCGGAACUGGCUCAGAGAAUUGCGGCACUUACAAAGUCUGAUCCAACCUCUUCUACCUCAUCUGAUGAUUAUCAAUAUGUUAUGGAAGCUAAACAUGAGGAAAAGACCUCCAUACGUAGGAAGGCCGAAGAAAGACAUGGAAAUAUCGAAGAAAGAAUGAGGCAUUUAGAAACACAACUGGAAGAAAAAAAUCAAGAACUUCAAAGAGCACGGCAAAGAGAGAAAAUGAACGAAGAACACAACAAAAGACUUUCUGAUACAGUGGACCGGCUUCUAACAGAAUCCAAUGAACGUCUUCAGUUACAUUUGAAAGAAAGAAUGGCUGCUUUGGAAGACAAGAACAUCUUACUUCAGGAUUCAGAUAACUUCAGAAAACAAUUAGAGGACUGCCUACAUGAUAAGGAUCGGUUGGCUGAUGAAGUUGAAAAACUGAGAUCAGAACUUGAUCAAAUAAAGAUAAGGACUGGAUCUCUGAUAGAACCAACAUUAACACGGCCUCAUCUUGAUACAACAGCAGAAUUGAGAUAUUCUGUAGGCUCGUUAGUUGACAGCCAACCUGACUACCGUUCAACAAAAGUCAUUCGAAGGCCAAGACGAGGUAGAACAGGAGCCAUGAGAGAAGAACCAACGGUGAAGUCACUUGGGGACCAUGAAUGGAACCGAACGCAACAACUUGGAGUCCUCAGCAGUCAUCCUUUUGAGAGUGACACUGAGAUGUCUGACAUAGAUGAUGAUGACCGUGAAACUAUAUUUAGUUCCAUGGACCUUUUAUCUCCAGGUGGCCAUUCUGAUGCUCAGACCUUGGCGAUGAUGCUUCAAGAACAGCUAGAUGCCAUCAAUAAAGAAAUAAGACUUAUUCAGGAAGAAAAAGAAUCAACAGAACUGCGUGCUGAAGAAAUUGAAAACAGAGUGGCCAGUGUAAGCCUUGAAGGGUUAAAUCUGGCCAGAAUGCAUCCAGGCACCUCCAUUACUGGUUCUGUAACAGCAUCAUCAUUAGCAAGCUCAUCGCCUCCUAGUGGACACUCAACACCCAAACUUACACCUCGCAGUCCGGCAAGGGAAAUGGAUCGUAUGGGCAUCAUGACACUACCAAGUGAUUUACGGAAACAUCGAAGAAAGAUUGCAGUUGUAGAAGAAGAUGGUCGUGAAGAUAAAGCCACAAUCAAAUGUGAAACAUCUCCUCCUUCAACACCUCGUGCUCUCAGGAUGACUCAUACACUGCCAUCUUCAUACCACAACGAUGCCAGAGGAAGUUUGACGGCCACCUUUGAGCCUGAUGUCCUUGGCCUUAUGAGUGCCAACAGCAGCCAAGAUUCCCUGCACAAAGCUCCAAAGAAGAAAGGAAUCAAAUCAUCUAUAGGACGUCUCUUUGGUAAAAAAGAGAAGGCACGACUUGGACAGCUCAGAGCUUUCAUGGAUACGGAGCAGGCUGCACAGGAUUCCCUAGGAUUAGGUAAACUGGGAACACAAGCAGAGAAGGACAGGAGGCUCAAGAAAAAACAUGAACUUCUGGAAGAGGCCCGAAGGAAGGGACUGCCUUUUGCACAAUGGGAUGGACCCACAGUGGUGUCAUGGCUUGAGCUGUGGCUGGGAAUGCCGGCUUGGUACGUUGCAGCUUGCCGUGCUAAUGUUAAAAGUGGGGCCAUUAUGUCCGCGUUGUCUGAUACUGAAAUUCAGAGGGAAAUAGGAAUAAGUAACCCUUUGCAUCGCUUAAAGCUGCGGCUUGCAAUACAAGAGAUGGUGUCACUGACAAGUCCCUCUGCCCCACCAACAUCAAGAACGCCUUCAGGUAAUGUUUGGGUGACCCAUGAGGAAAUGGAAACCCUUUCUGCUCCUACCAAAACGAAGGAGUCAGAAGAAGGCAGCUGGGCCCAGACUCUGGCCUAUGGUGACAUGAACCACGAAUGGAUAGGCAAUGAAUGGCUACCUAGUUUGGGUUUACCUCAAUACAGAAGUUACUUUAUGGAAUGCCUGGUUGAUGCAAGAAUGUUGGACCAUCUAACCAAGAAAGACCUCAGAGUGCACUUAAAAAUGGUGGAUAGCUUUCAUCGAACAAGUUUGCAAUAUGGAAUCAUGUGUUUAAAAAAGUUAAACUAUGACAGGAAAGAACUAGAAAGAAGGAGAGAAGUAAGCCAGCAUGAAAUAAAAGAUGUGUUGGUGUGGAGCAAUGACCGUGUGAUUCGCUGGAUACAAGCAAUAGGCCUCAGAGAUUAUGCAAAUAAUAUCUUAGAAAGUGGAGUACAUGGUUCCCUUGUAGCUUUGGAUGAUAACUUUGACUACACCAGUUUGGCGUUGUUGCUGCAGAUUCCAAUGCAAAACACUCAGGCAAGGCAAAUUCUGGAACGUGAAUACAAUAAUUUAUUGGCACUCGGGACUGAAAGACGUCUUGAUGAGACUGAUGACAAGAAUAUUAGACGUGGCCCCUCGUGGAGGAGGCAGUUCCCACCGCGUGAGGUUCAUGGAAUCAGCAUGAUGCCCGGUUCUUCUGAAACACUGCCAGCAGGAUUCAGAUUAACAACAACAUCCGGGCACUCGCGCAAAAUGACAACAGAUGUUGCCCCUUCAGGAUUGCCACGGUUAGACAGCUCCACAGUUCGAACAUAUUCGUGUUGACAAGACUUGAAAAGAGCAAAGCACUGAGUUGCUGUGUCAUCUUUUAGCUAUCUACCUGAAGUGCACUACCUAGCAGAACCGCAGGGUGAGAAGGAUCGCAAACCAGAAUGAGCACUGAUUUCCAAAACUCAAAUGUGAAAUAAUUUUUAUGUACUACAUUAUCAUAUGCUUAGUUUAAGAAGCAAGAAAAGAAAAUAUUAAUAUUUACAAAGGAAAGUUGACCAUCAAAGGUCCAAGUGUUCACAGACAAAUGAGACGGAUCUAUUGUUUUUCUGUUCUGUUACUUCUGUUUUACUGUAAUAUACUAGAACUAUUUAAGUAUUUAAUGUGUAUUUAUUUUACGAAGUGUAAGUCAUUUAUUUUAUGACGUGUAAAUGGUUAUAAAUAUGAUUUUUUUUUUUAAAACAAACAAUAAAGCUAAAGUUCGUUGAGUCUGUGUUGGAAGACCUGGCGAUAUUGUCAAUAACGUUUGUAUCUUUCCAUUUCACUGUUUUUACGGUUUUUGGAUCGUAACAGUCAAACUAGUAUGUUUAGCAAAGUUAGGUGCUUCAAUGUGUGUGUUUUGAAAAACCUCUUACUCAACGGCUGGAUGCCUGCCUUUGGUUAUGUAUAGUAACUGUGUAAUCUGGGGAAAUGAGCUUGAACGGACGUUUGAAUCAACGUGAUGUGUUAUUUUACACUGGCAGAGAAGCAUCGUGACUACUCGUCAAAAAACAAACUGUUUACAUGAAUCAAUAGCAAUCACAACAAACAAAAAAACAAAAACAAUAUUUGUAAAACAAAAUCAUUAAAUUCUGUAACCUGUGGACCAAGAAAACUUUGCUUUACUGAGAACUAUUUUUUGCUUUCUCUUGUAUCUGUUUAAAUGCCAGCGACUGUUGGGCAACGUAAUCCAGCAGACACAUGUUCUGUCAUGUACAACACAACUGAACAACUCAUUCCUAUAUUGAACACUGGGUGUUAGAAAAACUUUCCUCUCUUGCUAUGCGUUUAGCCAAGAAGGCCUUGUUAAGGAUGGAGACUUCAUGGAUGUCCAGUAUGUUAGAGGAAAUAGCUGAAAACCAGGAUAUUUGAAACCUUGUCUAAUAUGGAUAUAUAAGUAUCGUG